AUUGUAAAAUGACGGGCUUAUGUCAAUGAUAUGUAUUAUGGCAGUGUGUAUAUUUCUUUUUGUUUGUUAUUGCAUUAAAAGAACAUUUGCAAUUGAAGCAACUUUUGAGAGUUUUAUUUUGAAAUAUAUUUACCUUCGCUACUUCCAUUUCCGGAAUCAUUGCUGCUCUCCAAUCUGCGUUUUUUGUUUUUGUCGGCUGCUAACUUUAAAUGCGAAAAUGUCAGAGAACUUGGUGUUUUAUUCAGAAAUAAAGUCCAUCUUGGAGACAGUCAUUAGGACCUCUGUUGAUAUUGGACAUUCUAAAGAAAAAACCUCCACGAAAGGGGCUACCAUGAGACGGGAGCCAGAUUUUGACACCGUUGUGGAAAUGUUGGCACGGGAGGCAACGAGAAAGAUCGACGCCGUUUUCUCCCAACUGUCCUCAACACUGCACAACGAGAACCAGACCCUGCAGGCCAGAGUGGGGGGGCUGCAGAGCGAGCUGAAGACCACCCAGGAGAACUUUGAGAACGCCAGGAUGUGGAGAGAACACGUCCUGAGCGGCAGCCCCGUCCUGUUCCAGCAGAGCGGCCUCGUCUACACCCUGAAGCCUUCUGGGAAGUUGAAAACUAGAACAGAUCAAUUGACCGGGGAAGGCCCAGACACUGGACAUGAUGAAGGUGAAGAAACAGCAAAGGAAGUGAAUUCUGAAGCUGAGUCCUCAGCGGCUAUUGGACAAGACAUUAAAGAGGAUUCUUCCACAACCAACACGGCAGAAUCCAAAACCCCCGAGAGCCAGAACACACAGGAAGCUGGAGUGAGAGGAAAAGGGAAGCAGUUUGUAUGUGAGGUUUGUAACAAGAGCUUCAGCCGGCAGUUCCACCUGAUGAAGCACAGGAACACUCACCAGGAGCAGAGGCCUUUCUCCUGCGACCAGUGCCCCAGGAGGUUCAGGAACACAGAGACGUUCGAGUACCACCUGCUGCGGCACGAGGAGAGGAAGUACGCCACCCUGAAGUGCCCGCUCUGUGAGAAGAUGUUCAAAACUCAAAUGCACUUGAAGACUCACCAGAUGGUGCACACGGACACAAGGCCAUUCACCUGCUCCACCUGCGAGAAGGCCUUCAAAACUAAACACAGCCUCCAGGCUCACCAGGUCGUUCACUCUGCUGAGAAACCGCACAAAUGCUCCGAGUGCGGGGAGGGUUUCAGGUACGCCUUCACGCUGCAGUGCCAUCAGAGCAUUCACACUGGGGAGCAUCCCUUCAAAUGCACGGUGUGUGGCAAAGCUUUUAUAAAGAGGAGGUCGCUCAGCGCACACCAGCGGGGCCACAGGGGGAAAAUGUUCACAUGUGAGACGUGUGGAGCGGGGUUCACUCUGCAGCACAACCUGAGGAGACACCUUCGUAUCCACACUGGAGAGAAACCCUUCAAAUGUAAAGUCUGUGGGAAGAGCUUCAUUCAGGACAACAGGCUCAAAUCACACAUGCUUCUUCACGGUGCCUCAAAGUCCUUCAUGUGUGACCUCUGUGGGAAGACUUUUCUGUACAACUGCCAGCUGCAGAAACACCAGAAAGCGACUCACGAUGAAAGGCACGGGCAGGUCGUCAGGAGGCGCACUCGAGAGAAAGGGAACCGCAGAGUGAUCUACAGACGGGACAGAACCUCGGUGGACGUGACGCCCUUCAGCUGCAAGACCUGCCGCAAGGGCUUCGACUCGGCCGGCUCCCUGAGGGGACACGAGCAGAUUCACACCGGGCAGAGGCAGCACACAUGCCCCACAUGCGGAAAGUCCUUUUUCUACAAAGCCACGUACGACUACCAUCAGCGGAUCCAUACAGGAGAACGUCCGUUCGGUUGUGACGUGUGCGGGAAGAGGUUCAUCAUCCCUCAGGCCCUCAAGUCCCACAAACUGCAGCACUCCGGAGAGAAACCUCAUAAAUGUGAGCAGUGCGACAAGGCCUUCAGGAUCUACACCAACCUGCUCCGACACAUGAGGGUCCACACGGGGGAGAAGCCCUACGAGUGUGAGGUAUGCGGGGUGAGGUUCAGGCAGCUGGGACACGUGAAGUUUCACAUGCAGGUCCACACCGGAGAGAGGCCGUACUCCUGCAGCAGCUGUGGACUCGGGUUUUCAGACUCAAGGCUGCUAAAGAGACACAACUGUGCUGAGAAACACCAGAACACUUUAGGGAACACACUUUGGGCAUAUACAGUGGUCACAAUGUCAGAUUUGGAGGCGCAGGUAGGCUCCAUUUUGGAGAUGAUGGUGAAUGCGACAGUAACAGAAAUUAGUAAAGUUAUCGGCGGCUCUGCAGAAACAUAUCCAGAAAUGUCAUCAUGUGAGACUGAAAACACACACGGGUCCUCGGAGGAGAAGGUGAUCCAGUUCAGCGUCUUCCUGACGUCUCUGGCUCAGGAAGCUGUGGAGAAGAUCUGCCAGCUCUUCCUCGACUGUUCCUCUCUGCUGCAGCUGGAGGUGACACAGGGUGUUUCAGAGAUGGAGGACCUGCAGAGGAGACUGGAGGAGGCUGAGACGGAGCUGAAGCUAGUGCUAGAGGACAGAGGAGGCCAGGAGGAAGCGGAUGAGCUGACGGAGGAGCUGACGGAAGAGCUAACGGAAGAGCUGACAGAGGAGCUGACGGAGGAGCUGACGGAGGAGCUGACGGAGGAGCUGACGGAGGAGGAGAGCAGCGUAGUGAAGGAGGACAGGAGGGCUGAGACUAACGGAGCAGAAGGAGAGCCUGUGCAGAGCCAGCGCUCCAGGAGGAAGAGUCGCAGAGUAGGGGCUAGCGGAGAUGUUGGAGUACAGAGGUCGCCUAUAAUCCACCUGUGGAAAGGCAGAACAUAUGAGGACAGUGUCCAACCAGUGAUAAUAAAGGAGGAAGGACUGGAGGCGUUGGCCGACCAGGCGUCCUCUGACUCCGGUCAGUACAGAGAAGAGCCGGGCCAGGACAAUGACGACGACCCAGACUACCAGAUGGAGCCAGACGAUCCAAAUGACGGUGACCCAGGAUUAACUACCAGACCUAGACGUGUUGUUAAGCCAAAGUCCCUACGAGGUAGAGCGAAGAAGGAGAACCAGAACCAGCAGCCUCUGAGCUGCAGACUCUGCAGGAAGACGUUCACCAAGCUGCUGCACCUGAAGGCCCACCAGGCUGCGCACGGGACCAACGCAGAGAAGCCUUUCUGCUGCUCUCAGUGUGGCAGAGGCUUCUCCUUCCAGCGGAGCCUCAACGCUCACAUGCUGCUUCAUACAGGUGAGAGACCACACACCUGUGAUGUUUGUGGGAAGGGCUUCACUCUGAAGCAGCUGCUGAGGAACCACCAGCGCCUGCACGCCGAGGUCCGGCCGUUCCGCUGUGAGCAGUGCGGGAAGAGCUUCUACCGAGCACACGGCCUGAAGAUGCAUCAGAUGGUCCACACGGGGGAGCGGGCCUACAACUGCCAGUACUGCAACAAAAGCUUCACCAUCCAAGGAAACCUGCAGCGCCAUCUGCGCAUCCACACGGGGGAAAAGCCCUUCAGGUGUGAGACUUGUGGCAAGAGCUUCAACCAGGCGGACACUCUGAAAGGCCAUCAGCGGAUCCACACCGGGGAGCGCCCCUUCAGCUGUGAGACCUGCGGCAAGUGUUUCAUCCAGAAGAGUGCCCUGAAGAUGCACCAGAAGACCUCCCACCCAGGCUCCAGGGAGAGGUCUCUGGCCUGCGUGGCGUGCAGCACCACGGUGACCUGCGUGGACUCGCUCCGGAAACACCUCCAGACCCACGCGGCCACCAUCCCCUGUACGUGUGUGAUCUGCGGCCGGCGGCUCAGCUCCAUCACAGACCUGCGCUCUCACCAGCAGCACCACACGGUGGACCGGCCGCACAGCUGCGGGCUCUGUGGGAAGAGCUUCAAGUCGUCCAGUUACCUGAAGAUUCAUCUGAAGACGCACAGCGGGGAGAAGCCCUUCUCCUGCGACAUCUGCGGACGCAUGUUCACACAGCACAGCAGCCUUAAAUCACAUCAGGUUGUCCACACGGGAGAGAAGCCGUUCAGCUGCGACACAUGUGGGAAGUGUUUUAGCAACACAGGGAACCUGAACAGACACCAGCGCAUCCACACCGGGGAGAAACCGUUCAGCUGUGACACAUGUGGCCGCAGCUUCAACCAGGGAAAUAGCCUGAAAGCACACCAGCAGAUACACACCGGGGAGAAACAGUUCAUGUGCGACAAGUGCGGGAAGAGUUUCUCCUACCUGAGGAACCUGAAGGACCACAAGUGUUUCUACGUCUAAAGACUAAACUGUGAAGAGGACGAUGACAUAGGGUUUCCUGAACCAAAGAGGAAUACAUGAAUGGAUGGAUAAUAAAAGAUUGGUUUUCCAGAUUCAAAGCUACCCUCAAUUAAAAUGUUGAGGAUAAAUGCAGUGUGGGGUUUGGAUUUGUGGAACUGUAAUUUAACAGCCUUAAGUUAAAGUCGAAAAAAGGUUCAGGUAAGCACCAUUAUAAAAUCAGCUCAAAUGAUUUGAAGCUGGAUACUGCUGUACAACAAAGAGUUAAAACACAUUUUAUUUAAAAUCCGCCGUCCAGGCCUUAGAAAACGUACGUUUUUAUCUCUCCAAUUUAUGUGGCAAAUGGCUUGAAUGACUUAAACAUUUACAAGCUGUUUUCAUUUUCCCUAGUUUGACCAGGUCUCAAUAUUAUUUGUGUGAACAGAUGGAUAAUCCGUAUGUCAAUGUGUAAUCUGUGAAUGUAAAACACUGUCCACAAAUGCAACAAAAAAAAGUUUGGAAACACUUUUGUGGGGAUUUACAUUUACAGAUUUCACAAUUACACACGGUAACCAAUGUGUUCACACAAAUAAUAUUGAGACAAAUCUAUCUCCAUAUAACAAAAACACUCACCCUCCACAAUUAAUAUUAGGCAGUCUUUAGCCGACGGAUGUUGAAUUACGACCCUGAUUGAAGCUUUAAAAGUGUGACUGCAGCAUUAUAAUCUUUUAACAAACACAUUUAAGUUGCACGACCAAUUUGAAGAGUGAUUCUUUUUUGUGUGUUUUUUUUAUAAUGAUCUCCAAUAGAAAAAUAGAUUAAAAAAUACAACUGUGACUUUUGGAAACAACGUUGCCUUCUGUGCAGUAAACAACCAAUGUGCUGGUGGAGAUACCCAAACAGGGAUUUUGUAAGAAUGUGUCAUCUGUUACCUCUCUUGUGGAGUGGAUAUUUGUUAUAUCUCAACUUUGUGUGUCAAAGUGAUAAAACAUUGUUAUUUAAAUCA